AUGAACAUGGGAAGCAGGCGAAUUGUGUCGUCACUAUUGUGCAUCCUGGUCGCACUACUAGUGAUCAAUCACGUGGUUAGCGCUCGCAGCUCGAACAGUACAACGACAGCUCCAACAUCAACGACAGAAACCCCGACCGUGACACCGGCAGCUCCAUACACAUCCCAUUCGUGUGCGAGUGUGGAAGAAGUAACCGAGACCCCGACAGGUACAGUCGCGGCAGCAGCAACCACAUCCGCGGACACGGCAUACAUUUGCAGCGGUGAUGAAGUAGCCCGGCUCACGAAAGUCAACGAGAACAACCCGUAUCUAAUGUCGGAAUGCACCAACUCGGCCGGUAUUAGUUCGUAUACGUUUCCUUUCAAUGGGGAGCUCAGCUAUGCUCAAAUGGUAGCCAUGAGUUCCGGUAAACAGUGCGGAUACUACUUCCGAGCGGUGCUGCUGGUGCAGCUUCAGGAAUGUGUGGACGCCAACGUGUACAUCCGAACGAUAGCCGAGACCAUCCUCCAGCUUGCCAACACCUCGGGGGACGCACCGACAGAAGCUGAGGUUAAUGCAGCAAUUGCAGUUCGCAAGGCCUACAACUUGGCUCUCCGAGACGGAGGUGGGUCGGCCACAUACGCAGACACCAGCGGUGCGUCGACUUUAAGCUGGAGCAUCGAGGGCGACAACAUCGAUACAACCGCAACGGCCAGCGUUACGGGUCAACUGCUAUUAAGCACGGACUUGCAAGUCAUCGGCACAUACUAUGCAUCUCCUGAUUCGUCUUCGUCCGCGUCUACCACCUCCUCGAUCAAAGAUUCAAGGACGCAUGGACAGAGCGAGGAGAGCUCUGCUAAGAAAGAAGCUUCCUCGUGGCUGGUAGCGUUUGUAGUCAUGGGCACAGCUUUUCUGUUGCACUCUUAA